AUGAAUUUGGGUUACGUGGGAGAUCAAAUUUGGAAUUGGGUCAUAAAUAACUUUGUAGAACUUUUGGAUUGCUUCGGAAUGAUGAUCGUUACGCAAUCAGAAUUCCAUUUGAAUGACGAACUAAGGUUUAAUAAACACCAAAAAGCUUAUUUGUCUGUAACUAAUCUAUUAUGUUGUCUCAAGAAUUUUCAGAAACUCGAAACUUUUAAUCUCAUCGAAGAUUCGUUAACUCUUGUAGGCACUCGAAGUUGA